AUGAGACAUAUAGCCAAAAAUAAUGGUCUAAUAAGUAAAAUUAAAGAUGGAUUGGCAAUUGCUCAUUUUAAUAGACCCGAGAAGCUUAAUGCUGUGCAUCUUGAAAUGUGUGAAGAUAUUCUUGAAAGUACCAAGCUUUGGAAUGAACAUGCUGUGGUAACUAUUUUAUAAGGGAAUGGGAGAGCAUUUUCUGUUGGGGGAGAUCUAAAACAUGUCUUUAAUAUAUCGCAACGAAAAAAUGAUGAACCUAGCACUUCUAAAGUUGGUCAUUUAGGAGAUGAAGCUAAAAAAGCAGUUUAUGCUAUGAGUUCUACUAAGAGUAUUUUGGUAACAAUUAUGAAUGGAUUUGCUAUGGGGAUAGGUGCUGGCUUUGGGAUUCAUUCUCAUUUCAGAAUUGCAACAGAGAAUACUAUUUUUUCUAUGCCAGAGUGCAAAGUUGGUAUAGUACCUGAUGGAGGUUGUGGUUUGUAUUUUAGUAAAAUGCCAGAAAACUUUGGUUUAUAUUUAGGUAUGAGUGGAGAAUAAAUUGAUGGCAUAAAAAUGGCUCAUUUAGGUAUUGCAGACUAUCUUAUUGAAAGUUCAUGCAUACCUGAAAUUGAAAAGGAAUUUGAACAUGCACAUUUAUUGAGAGAUAAAGAAUCUAUUAAUGAGUUCUUGCUUAAAAAGUAUUGUAAGAAACAUAAGACUGAAUUCAAUGUUCCUAAAUAAUUUGGAAAUGUAUUGAGUUUGUCAUCUUUGCCUUCCAUUAUGUCUGCUAUGGAUGCACAAUUCCCACAAUAAGCAGCUCUAAUUAGAAAAAAUAGUGCUUUUAGUGUUUAUGGUUUCUAUGAAUCAUUUUUGAGAAAUAAAAAUUUAAACUUGUCUCUUAAAGAUAAUCUAAAAAUGGAAUAAUCGAUUUUGGAUAAAGUUGUUGUAAGACCUGAUCUUGUUGAAGGCUUAAAGAGCUUAUUUGUUGAUAGGUCCUAUGUGCCUAAAUUUAAUCCUAGGACUAUUGAAGAAGUGAAUGUGGAAGAGGUUGAAAAAUGUUUUGAGCCUUGUUCGAGAAAGCUAUUUGAUUGAGUAUUAUCUAAUAAUAUUAUUUAUGAAAAAUAGUAAUUUUUGAUAGUCCAAAA